AUGACCCUGCUGGCCGCCCUCGAUGUCGCCGAUCAGGUGCAUCUCAUCAUUGGCGCUGACGCCCUCGCCCUGUCGCGCUGUGCCAAAUCCCUCGCUGCCGGCGCCCGCCCCGUUGUCGUGGCCCCAGGCGAUGCCACUCUGCCGACCCCGCCGCUGCUCGAGCACGCCGACGUGACUUGGCUGCAGCGCGAGUUCUGCGACGCCGACCUGUGGACGCUGGGCCGCUCCACCGUAGACCACUACGUUGACGCCGUCUUCGUCGCCCGUCCUGGCGAUGCCCGAAACGCCCACGUCGCCCAGCUGUGCCGCCGCUGGCGCAUCCCUGUCAAUGUCACCGACGCCCCCGACCUGUGCUCCUUCACCCUGCUCUCCACCUACUCCGACGGCCCCCUCCACAUCGGCAUCACCACCUCCGGUCGCGGCUGCAAGCUAGCCUCCCGGCUCCAGCGGGAGAUUGCCGCCUAUCUCCCGCCCGGCCUGGGCAAUGCCAUCGAGGUUCUGGGGAAUGUCAGGAAUCAGCUCUAUCGGGAGGACGUGCCAACCGCCGAUGCAGGAUCGUCAUCCUCGUCACCACCCGCCACCUUGCCCUUUGAAUCCGAUGACGAUGAUACCACCGCCCAGAAGCCCACCUUCAACUCCCUCGUGCUUGCUGAAGACCCCACUGCCGCCAAGACCAGGCGGAUCCGUUGGCUCUCUCAGAUAUGUGAGUACUGGCCACUUCGCCAGCUGGCUAGCGUUACCAACACAGACGUCGAUCGCAUCUUGACUGCUUAUAAGGCGGCGAAAUCUAACCUUCCCCCACCUUCCGACGCUGUCAGAAAGCACGGGACAAUUAUUCUGGCCGGUGCUGGACCAGGCCACCCAGAUCUCUUGACUCGUGCCACUUGCCACGCAAUCGCCAGCGCAGAUCUGAUUCUGUCGGAUAAACUCGUUCCGGCCCCAGUACUUGACCUUGUACCCCGGCGGACGGAGCUUCGGAUUGCACGCAAAUUUCCUGGGAAUGCGGAUAAAGCCCAAGAUGAGCUUUUGGAAAUGGCUCUAUCCGGCUUACACGCCGGCAAAAAGGUCCUACGCCUGAAACAAGGCGACCCGUAUCUAUAUGGCCGGGGUGCUGAAGAAUACGAAUUCUUUCAAGCAAGGGGCUACCGGCCCAUUGUUCUUCCGGGUAUCACCAGUGCAUUGAGCGCGCCCCUGUUUGCUGGGAUAUCUAGCACUCAUCGUGGUGUGGCCGACCAGGUCCUUAUCUGCACGGGAACCGGUCGACACGGCAAAGCACCAGACCCUCCCACCUAUAUUCCAACCCAGACUGUCGUCUUCCUCAUGGCCCUGCAUCGAAUCUCAUCGCUGGUGGAGGCAUUGACAACUCCUUCGGACAGUAAUACAUCUGUACAUCGGCAUCCAUGGCCUAUUGACAUGCCGUGUGCUGUGGUUGAGAGAGCUUCAUGUGCGGACCAAAGAGUCAUCCGCUCAACGCUCGAACAUGUGUGUGCGGCGGUGGAAGCCGAAGGCUCGAGACCGCCUGGCCUGCUUGUCGUAGGCAAGAGCUGUGAGAUCCUUCACCGUAUCAACCAGAAAUGGGUGGUGGAAGACGGCUUUAGAGGACUAGAAAAUAUUAGGGAUUCUGGCAUGGCUGGUGUUAUUAAUGCUUUGUGUCCAGAAUCCGAAGCCUGA